UGAAUCACUCUUGAUUAUUAUGAUUUGCAUCUGUAAAAGAAGUUUGAUUAUUAUUAUUUUUCUUUUUCUUUUUUUGUGGUGGUGGUGGUGGUGGUGCAACUACUGCAGGGCCAUGCAGGAGAGCAACGGCACGAGGAGAAGCUUGAAAACAAAGCCAUACGGUGGACCGUGCUUGGCGACCAACCCCAUCGACCGCUGCUGGAGGUGCCAGAAGAACUGGUCCCGUAAUCGCAAGAAGUUGGCGGAUUGCGUCGUGGGCUUUGGCCGGAAGACCAUCGGCGGAAAGUUGGGGAAAUUCUACGUGGUCACUGAUGGUUCCGACAACGACAUGCUGAACCCAAAACCCGGCACACUGCGACACGCCGUGAUCCAGAAGGAGCCACUGUGGAUCAUAUUCGCACGUGACAUGGUGAUCAGGCUGAACCAAGAGCUUCUCAUGGCCGGCGACAAGACGAUCGACGCCAGAGGCGCUAACGUCCAUGUCGCCUACGGCGCAGGCAUCACCAUCCAGUUCGUUAAGAACGUUAUCAUUCAUGGCCUCCACGUUCAUGACAUAGUCCCUGGGUCCGGUGGACUCAUCAGGGACUCCGUCGACCACUACGGUUUGAGGACACAAAGCGAUGGCGAUGGCAUCUCCCUCUUUGGCGCCACUAAUGUCUGGAUUGAUCACAUCUCCAUGUCCAACUGCAAGGAUGGACUCAUCGACGCCAUCAUGAGCACCACCGCCGUCACCGUCUCCAACUGUCACUUCACGCACCACAACGAGGUGAUGUUGUUUGGAGCAAGCGGUAGCUAUUCUGGGGAUGCAGUCAUGCAAAUAACAGUGGCGUUCAACCACUUCGGGAGAGGACUGGUGCAGAGGAUGCCGAGGUGCCGAUGGGGAUUCGCCCACGUCGUCAACAAUGACUACACUCACUGGAUCAUGUAUGCCAUCGGUGGUAGCGAACACCCCACCAUCAUCAGCCAGGGCAACCGGUUCAUCGCUCCUCCCACUUUGGCUGCCAAGGAGGUGACCAAGAGGGAUUAUGCACCGGAGAGUGAAUGGAAACAUUGGACAUGGAGAUCAGAAGAUGAUCUGAUGAUGAACGGAGCAUUCUUCGUACAAUCAGGCAACCCUAGCAGAAAACAUCCAUUCUCUAAGAAGGAUAUGAUUCCUGCAAAGCCUGGCACUUACGUAAGUACGCUUACUCGCUUCUCGGGUGCUCUCGGCUGCAAGAUUAAUAAACCUUGUUAAUUUUCUUUUUUUCUUAAUUUAUU